AUGGCCGCCUUCCCGCCGCCGCCGGUCAACACGAUUGACUGGUCCAACGUCGGCUUCAAGGUCCGCGAGGUCAACGGCCACGUCGAAUCCACCUUCUCGAGGUCCACGGGCCAGUGGACGCCCCUGCGCUUCGUCGCCGACCCCUUCAUGCGCAUCCACGGCAUGGCUCCGGCCCUCAACUAUGGCCAGCAGGCCUACGAGGGCCUCAAGGCCUUCCGCGGCCCCGGCGACGCAGACAUCGCCGUCUUCCGCCCGGACCGCAACGCCCUGCGCCUCCAGCACUCGGCCGACGUCGUCUCCAUGCCGCGCGUCCCCGUCGACCUCUUUCUCCACGCCUGCCGCGCCGCCGUCGCCCUCAACGCCGCCUUUGUCCCGCCCCACGCCACCGGCGCCGCCCUCUACGUCCGGCCCCAGCUCUACGGUUCCAGCGCCCAGCUCGGCCUCACCGCCCCCGAAGAGUACAUCUUUGCCGUCUUCGUCAUCCCCACGGGCGUCUACCACGGCACCGACCCCGUCAAGGCCCUCAUCCUCGACGAGUUUGACCGCGCCGCCCCCAACGGCGUCGGCAGCGCAAAGGUCGGCGGCAACUACGCCCCCGUCCUGCGCUGGAGCGACAAGGCCCGCAGCGAGGGCUUUGGCAUCACCCUGCACCUCGACAGUGCCCGCCACGAGGACAUCGACGAGUUUAGCACCAGCGGCUUCAUCGGCAUCCUCACCGGCGAACACGGCCAAGACGACGUCACCCUGGUCGCCCCAGACUCAAAGUGCGUCAUCGACAGCGUCACCAGCGACAGCAUCCUGCACAUUGCCCGCAGCUACGGCUGGAAGACGGAGAAGCGGCCCAUCAAGUACGCCGAGCUGCCGCGUUUCGCAGAGGUCGUCGCCGCCGGCACCGCCGCCGCCCUCGUCCCCAUCCGCUCCAUCACCCGCCACCACUCCCCGGGCCUGUGGCCCGCCGGCCCUCGCGGCGAGGCCGGACCCCUCUGCCUCAAGCUGCUGACACAGCUCAAGGCCAUCCAGCUGGGCAAGGUCGACGACGCCUUCGGCUGGCGCGUUGCCGUCACCGAGGCCGACAAGAAGAUUGACGGCGCCCCUGCCGGCGACAUUAACGGCUCUGCCCAGACGGUGGAUCAGCUCAAUUAG